CCAGUGUGACUUUCUAUGUGUCAUCCAGAUUCCCAUUAUGCUCUGCUGCAAGGCGAUCUUGAGUCCGACCAGCAGAACCUGGAGGCGGAGUCGUGGAACAUGGCUGUGGACCAGAACUACCUGAAGGCCCUUAACAAAGAGGCUGUUAAAAGGCAGGACGUCAUCUAUGAGUUGAUCCAGACGGAGAUGCACCAUGUACGCAACUUAAAAAUCCUUCUCCGUGUCUACAUGCACGAGUUAAGGCAGUCUUUGCUGAUAGAGGAGGCUAGGCUGGAGCGACUCUUUGCUGGGGUGGAAUCCCUGCUUACCCUCCACCAGCACUUCCUUAACUGCCUCAAAUUGCGCCAAAAGACAAGUCAGGAGGAAGGAAGCCCAAGCAGCUACCAGAUCACACAUCUGGGGGACAUUCUCAUUUCUCAGUUUUCAGGACCACUGGGAGAAGGAAUGAUGGAGUGGUACAGUGUUUUUUGCGGUCAUCACAAUGAAGCUAUCACCUUCUACAAAGAGCAGUUGCAGAAUAACAAAAAACUGCAGGUCCUUGCUAGGAAAAUAGGUCAGCUGCCCCUGGUGCGAAGGUUGGGAGUUCCUGAGUGUUUUCUGUUGGUGACUCAACGAAUCACAAAAUAUCCCAUCCUGGUGGAGCGAAUCAUACAGAACACUGAAGCUGACACCAACGAGUACAAGUCUCUGGUACAGGGUCUGGCACUGAUCAAAGACACCAUCAACCAGGUGAACACCCAGGUCAGUGAAUAUGAGAAAGCCGCCCGUCUUAAAGACAUCUGCCUGCGUCUGGAGCCAAAAUCUCAGGGCCGGCUGAAGGACGGCCGGCAGCUCCGCAAGGAGGAUCUUCUCCAGGGAAACAGGACACUGCUACACGAAGGCACCGUCACCUGGAAGUCCGGUAGACAAAAAGACAUCCAUGCUGUGCUGCUGUCAGACGUUCUCCUUCUCUUACAAGAGAAAGACCAGAAGCUUGUAUUUGCUGCUGUGGAUAACAAACCACCAGUGAUCUCCCUUCAAAGGCUGAUCGUUAGGGAAGUGGCUCACGAGGACAAAGCCAUGUACCUCAUUUGUGCAUGCACUACUAGCAUGCCAGAGAUGUACGAGAUCCACACACGCUCCAUAGAGGAACGCAUCACGUGGACGAGGCUGAUACGGGAAGCUGUGAACCGCUAUCCUGAAGAAGAACAGUACCGUGAACUGACUGCGAAACUGCAACAAUUUCAAGAUAUUCUAAAGGUAAGGGAUGACCAGAUAAAGCAAAUGCUGACAGAGAAGCAGCAGAUCUUUGCUGCUCUCUACGAGACGACGACGGAGCAGGAAACCCCCCACAAAGGGCUGCUGCUCCGAGGAGAUGCCACUGACCUCCAGCAGGGGGCGACACUGCUCAGAGGAGCCAUCGAUGAGGCGGAAAACCUGCAGACCUUGCUCUUCUCAUGGAUAAGAGACCCAAACCUUUUGGAUGAGGGUAAGAUGCAGGGGGGGCUCGGGAGGGCCCAGACCUUUGGCGUGGCUGAUGGUAACUCAGGUGCAAACUCCAUGAAAAAUGGAGAUGCAGGUGGCAGCGAGGGCAGUCCCUCCACUAGGGACCCUCAGCUCCAGGAAAGUUACAGCUCUGAGAGCCUGGAACAGUUGGCUGAUGACGACACACGGACGCCAGACUGCAGUUUAACCUCCGCUUAUUUCCCUGAGGCGGAGGUGUGUGACAGGGUGAUACUGCUCGCACAGAGGCUGUACAGCUUGGAAGCAAUCAUCACCCAGCAGGACAGCCAGAUUGAGCUGCAGCAUGCUUUUCAGACAAAGAGCAAGCAGCCCGCUCGUCAUUACAGCAGUGUGCUGCUCGAGCAGGAGAAGCAGCGCAACUUGGAGAAGCAAAAGGAGGAACUUGCCAGCUUGCACAAGCUGCAGGCCCAGUUUCAAGAGGAGCAGCAGCGCUGGGAGAAGGACAGGGAGCGGCAGAGGAUACAGAUUGAGACUCUGGAGGCUCGGCUGCAACAGAGGGAGGAGGACUGCCGAGAGUGGGAGGAGAAGCUCAAGGAAGAGAAGGCUGAGCUGGAGAGGUUGAAGGACGACUAUCAGCAAGACCUGGAGAGGCUGAGGGAAUCCACACAAUCUGUAGACAAGAACAAGGAGCGUCUGAAUCAGGAGAGGGAGCGCCUAGAGCAGCUGCAGGAGAAAAUAAAGAAGUACAUCCCAGUACACGGCAGCUAUGAUGAUCCUACACAACGCUUGCCUCUUUCCAGUUACCAGUCGUUCAGGGGAAGCAUAGUGAACGGAGGUGGGACCUUGGAUCAAAAGCACCACAUCUUGCCCACCAACUCCAUGGAAAGUCCUCCAAAGGUUCCACCGCGCAGGGAGAGCAUCAAUCCUCUGCCAGCCAAGCCCGAGCUGCCAGUCCACCUGAUCAGCACCACCAACCAGGUGCACAAACCUGCCGCCGUGCAACAGAAGAUCCCCACCAAGCUGGCUGCUCAGUCCAAGGGAAAGGAGAAAGGUUUCAAGAAGAAAGGGUCCCACCAGAGAACGCACAGUGCAGCUGGUAUAGACGUGAACCAGGUGCUGCCCAUCCGAGUGACCGGCAAAGAAGGAGGCAGUCUGAGAGCCAAAAGGAACGGCAGUCCCCAAAGAAUCUACCUGUCAGGUGCCUUCAACCCACCAGGAUCUAUGCGCAGUAUAAAAACAUCUCAGUCCUUUAGCACAUACAAGAGGAGCAGCAACGAGUCUCCACCACCGCCAGCGCCUCCUCCUUUUCCCAAAGAUGUUCUCAAAACAAGCAUGCCGCCUCCUCCUGUUCCCAAAACAAGCAAAGAGAAGGAAAUAUUCCUUUAAUCCUAAACCUGACUGGAGUUCGGAUGAGGCCUUGUCCAUCAUAAAGACUUUUAGACAUGGAAAGACUGAUGGAGCUUUUAAAACGGUCCUGGGUGGCGCUGAGCCCCCCGGAUGCAGCGGCGGUGUCCUCGCAAAAUAGGCAGCAGAGAUAGCUGAAGGGGAGAACGCUGGAUGUCAGGCUAUAUUCCAGCAAUGUACAUCCGUUGAGCCAGACUACAUUCAGAUUAGCUGAACAUAAAAAAGUAAAGAAAUGCUGAUGGACAUGCUUUAGAAAGAUAUGUACAUUUGUGUUAGUGGUUCAAAAAAUGUAAAAAGCUUUUUGCACAUUGGGAAAGAUAUUUUAAAUUAAGAUGUUGCGAAACCUUUCAAUGCCAAAGUUAUUUUUUUUAUCAUUUUUAUUUUUAAAUGAAAGUAGGUAGUCUUUAACAAUUAGCACUCAUGUCUUAACUUCUAAGCUUUCUUUUUAAUGUAAUGAAUGAUAAAUACGGUAUGAGGAAGCUGUAGAUUUACCAACUUUUACAUCGGUUUUAAAUCUGAGGUGCCAAGCACAAACGUUUUAUUUCAGAAUGAAUCGGAGAACUGUGGAAUUUAUACUGUGGUCCUGCUCCUCAGUAUGUCUUAUAAUUAAAUCAUAAAUCAAUAGGGUAUGUGGAAGAAUCUACAAGUUGUUUGUAAAUACUAUGGGCUGUUUUGUGCAAUUCCUGACUGGAGACAGUGAGAGUCUACGACUCCGUAUCAGCAGGGUUGUUUUGAGUUUACAACCAGGCAGCUGCUGAAAGCAUUUAUGAGAAUGUAAGAGAAAUAUUUCCAAGUGACAUUCCCUGUUCAAUAAUGCUCUAGCAUAAUUACACAAUAAACAUUAUGUUGAUGAUGGA